AUGCCUAAAGUCACUUUUGGAGCACCAAAAGAACAACACGAAAACAUAGCGAAGCCGCAGAAAGAAUUUCCGACACCGAGUCGUGAAUGUGUUUCUAGUGGACCGAUGCACAAACGCCUAUUUAUUGGGGGGAUAGACCGCUCGAUCACACAACAACAAUUAAAAGAACAGUUCAAAAGGUAUGGGACGGUAGAGAGUAUAGAGUUCAAAGACAAAGAGGAAAAGGAUACACUCUUUGCGUACAUGGAAUUCAAUGCAAAGAACGAUUUAGCACUCCAUCAGUGUUUGUCAUCACUGAAUAUGUUGAAUUGGAAAGGCCACAAACUGACUGUUCAGUAUGCACGAGACGAUAUUAUGGUACAAUACAGAGAGAUGUGGAAAGAGAACAUGCAAAACGAUACAACUGACUUCAAGAAGAAGCGUGGUCUUCACACAUUGAUAAGACUCAAAAAGCAAAAGGCGAAGUUACACAAGCGGGAGUUAGAGAAACAAAAGGUAGCCCAAGUACAACCUGUUGAUCAGCAAGUUGAGUGA